ACGGCGGCUAGCCGUGUUCGCGCGCUGGCUUUCCCGGUGAACUGUGACAAGCCGUCGGACCGCGGCCUUGACACUGAAGAAAUGAAGAGCACGGCGCAGCCGAGUGACUUGACUCCGUACCAGGGCGCCAGAUGACGUGCACCACUAAUGGCGACCGCCGCAGGAGUGAACGGCACCGUGGCACGGUUCCGCUUCGGCAUAAGGGACUUCUCAAGACUGAUGAACCCCCGGCCGACUGGGAACGAGCCCUACGUACCGACGGAGCUGGAACACGUGGCCAACAUCAUCACGCACGCGCUGAGCAUCCUGCCCAGCUUCUUCGCUCUCAAGUUCCUGCUCCAGCGCGCCCACACCCCUGCGCACCUGACGGCCGCCGUGGUGUACGGAAUCGCCCUGGUAGUGCUGUUCGUCACCUCCUCGCUCUUUCACUCCGUGCACUUCCUCGGAAAGCUCAGGACCUUAAAAGUGAUCUUACACCGGUGCGACCGUGCUGCCAUCUACAUCUUCAUCGCGUCUGCCUACACGCCCUGGCUAAUGCUACGCGAGUACAGCUCAUGGGGCCAAAAGCAGCUGUACGUGGUCUGGUUCCUCUGCCUGCUAGGCAUCACCUACCAAAAUAUAUUUCACGAGAGGUACAAAACCCUCGAGGUGCUCAUCUACAUAGGCUCGGCCUUGUUUCCCGCUUCGGCUACAUUUUCGAUGCGACCUCUGACAGGCCUCAAGGAGCUGCUGUUCGGCGGCCUGCUUUACUUCAUAGGCGUGGUGUUCUUCAAGUCCGACGGCCGGGUGCCGUUCGCGCACGCCAUCUGGCACCUGUUCGUGAACGCGGCCACGCUGGUGCACUACCACGCCGUGUACCGGUACCUCUUCAGGUCGGGCCAGGUAGCCCAAGUCGCGGCGGCGGCGGUUGCGGCGGCGCACGAACACCAAGACUAAAA